AUGAAUGACGGUAUAUUUCAUACUACCAUUCAUCGUCACGUGAUUCUUCACAUCAACAUUCUUCUGUUGUGAUCUAUCUCAAAACGGAAAAACUUCUUUCCAUCAGCUUUAUAUUAAUUACAACUUGUAUAUGUUUUCCACUUUGUGCCAAUGUAUCCGUAAAUUCAAGUUGACAUGAGCUUAGGCCCUUCAAGCAAAAACUGAAAUAGAAUGAUGCUGAAACUUACAUCAUGUUCAUAUCUGAAUGCACCAAAAUGAUUUGUAAUUAAUGAAUAUUUUGAAGAAAAUGGAGUCAAUGGAUACUAAUGAUUCACCUUCAAUACUUGAGUCACCACUGAUGCAAUUAGCGAAUGCUAGUGCUUCUGCUGUAAGAGCUGAUCUGCCGACUGAAGAAACCCCUAAAGACCAGCCACGUGUGUACACCAAUGAGGCAUUUUCAAGUGAGGAUAAUACCUUGGCAAAAGAGAAUAAUAUAUCUAAUGUUUACUGCACUCAACAACUUGAUCAAAAGGAAUGUCUCCUGAAUUCUCAUCAAAUGGAGUCUAAUAAGGAAAUGGAAUUAGUAUCUACUGAUAGUUUUGAAAGUAAAUUAUCAAACUUUCAAGUAGAUGCGCAACCAAACAUUAUUUCUCAUAAUUGCUGUGUUUCUACAGCUAAAAAUUCCCCUUUCAGUCAACCAGAUUUUAAAAAAUGCAAUAACAAAGAUAUGAUAUGGGAUUCACAACACUUACUGCACACACCACAAAUUCAGGACAAUAAUGACAAUUUUUUCCCAUCGUCAAAUUGUGAUUCAGAACAAUCUAAAAAAAAUUCCACUUCUAGUGAUGAUAAUUCAUCUUUUGAAUCUAAAAAUAAUUUAAAUUCAUUGGCAGGAAAAAUAACUUUAUUACCAAAAAAAUGUAUAAAACCUUUUAACAAUAUAAGUGAUACUUUUGAUAAAAUAUCUAAUAAGGAGGAAAUAUCUUACAACAAACAAGAUCAGUCAUUAAGUAGUGACUGUCAACUUGAAUCUUCUGAGAUAAAUACUUUUGUAGAACCAAUAUCCAUUCCUAAUAAUGACAAUGUUAAGGCAUGUUCUAAAAAGUCUGCAUCACCUGAGGCUUCAAUUGAGCAAAAUAGAUCCCCAAAUUGCAAAAACGAUUUUGAUUCUUCACUUAAGGAGCUGCAACGAGUUUCUAAUUUUCAAGUUUUGUCUAGUAAGGAAGAAACUCAUGAAAGAAAUUUAAAGACUUUUGUAGAGUUGCCUCCAGAAAGUGAAAGCAAAAAAAUUGCUGAAAAAAGUACUGGUGAGGAAGUAUUUUUAGUACCUGAAAAAAAUUUGACAGUUUUAGCUCCUAAUAAAUUAUCUAAAGUAACAGAAGAAAAUACUUCUGAUCAUUUGCUUGAUGAGGGCAGAACUCUCUCAAAAUCACCAACUGAAGAGGCUUCCAGUUUUGUUACUGCUGAUACGUCUAAAACAGAUGAAACUUCAUUACCAAUUACCAGUUUUACUAUGAAUAAUGAUGUAGCCCAUAAACAAGUUCCAGAUGAGGUGUUGACAGAUAUAAAAAAGAAAGCAAAUACUCCUGAAUUAACUUCCAAAAUUGAAGCGGAUAAAGAUAACGUAAACACGGUUUAUUCUCUUAAUAAGUCCUCUGAAACUGAUCAAGAUGAUAAAAACAUUUCUUCAUCUCCUGCAAGAGCCACUAUUUCUGAGACUGAAUCCAGUAAUGUUUCUAAAAGGCCACGCAGAAAUAUCAAGGCAAAGCGCAUAUUUUCUGCAUCAUUAAAUGAUGCUAAUUCAGCCAAUCAAAAUGAAAAGAGAAAUGUUAAAGAGUCAAGAAAAGAAUCUCUGUGCUUAAAAAAAAAUAAAUUACUUUCUGCAAAGAAGAAGAAGUUGAAUCUAUCAAAAAAAUUACAUGUUGAGGAAGAUGAAGAUAUUGCAGAGCAAAAAAAUGCUCAAAUUAAAUCAUCUAAUUAUUUUAAAACUGAUCAAUCAGUUCCAGUAGUUUUUACUUCCAGUCACUCUUCCAUAUCUUCAAAUCCUUUAGAUACUGUUGGCAUGAAAACAGUUUCAAGUAAAGCAAAAAAUUUAUUAAUAGUUCCUAAAUCCACAUUUACUGUGAGUUCUCCUGAUGAAAACCAAUCAAUCAAUAAAUGUUUAACCAAAAAUCGAAAUAGUAAACCAAAAUCUGUUACAAAAGAGAAAAGUUCUUUACAUACAAAUGUUGGAAAAGAAGCAACAAAGAAUGGUGAAAAUAAGUCUUCUUUCACUAAAAUUAAUAAAAAUAGCAGUAAAAGAGUCCUUUCAGAAAUAGCUUCGACGUCUUUUGAUAAUAAAGUCACAAGUGAUUCAUUUUUAAAUAGUAGUAUUUCUUCAAACUUUUCAAAACCUGAUGAAACUGAAUGUAGUAUAAUUUUACCUUCCAACAUGCCUAUUACUUCCUCUAAUCUUGCUACUUCAUUUCACAAUGAAGAUGUAAGUCUCAAUAUUACUGAAAUUGAGAAUUACAUUAAAAAAGAGCCCACAGACAUCUCUGAGUUGAAUGAGUCAGCAAGUUCUAAAGUUUAUGAUAGCAAAACUGAAUCAGUCUCUAAUGCUUCCAGUUCGGUUGGUGAAACUCAUGAAAUAAGGAAAUUGCUUAAUGCUAGUUCAAAUGCUACUCAGUUAAUUAGCACAAAUUCAUCAGGCUCAUCAACAACAAUUUCCAAUGCACAACCUCUUGGUUCUGUGAAAAUUAGUCCCGUAUCCCCUUAUGCAAUAUUUUUACCAGUUUCUCUUCCUUCUGGUUCAACUGUUCCUACUACUGCAUCAAUAUCGUCAAACAGCUUUCAGUUAAAAGUUCCAAAUGUUCUUAGAAAAGAAAAACCUUUGUUACCAAAUGAUAGUAUAAUCUGUAAGAAGUCAGAUGGUACAGGUCAGUUGGCCAACAAUUCAAAACAGAAAAAAUUUAGCAGAACUAAUCUUAUUCCUGCAUAUUUUCCUGCUCCUUUACCUAAAUCUCUAAUAGAUAAGAUAACUGUUAGUUAUCAUUCAUGUGCUGAGUGUGGUGAUACUUUUUUAUUUAAGUCAAGUUUACAUAUUCAUAAGACUCGUAAAUGCAUGCAAAUAACUUAUAACUGUGACAAUUGUACAACGAAGCUUAUUUUUUAUAAUAAGUGCUCUGUGCUGGAGCAUGUCCGUUCGCAUUAUCCAUCUCAGCCAGUUACUAUUAAACUUGAUAAAAUGGACAUUGUUCCACUACCUGAAAGUAUAACUGACAUUCUUGAAAUAGGGGACUGUGAACAAAUACCAGUACACAAGACAACAGAAGAGAGCAAUAACUUCGAUUGCAUUGAAUGUGGUGCCAAGUUCCAUACCGCUCGUGCUUUAGCUAACCAUUUUGGACAUUCAGAAACUGCUUGUACUUUUACUUACUACUGUGCUCUGUGUCAAACUUAUUUACCUAGACAUUGUGCACAGAAGGCACAUCGACGUAUCCAUCAUGAAAAAACACCACAUGUUUGUCCAGAAUGUGGACAGUUAAUACCUAACCUUGUAUCUUUCAGGCAUCAUUUAAAAUAUAAAUGUGUUCAUUUUUCCCGUAUUGCACCACUUACAUGUCCUAAGUGCUUUGCAAAAUUUUGCUACAGUCCAGAAUUAAAAGAUCAUAUUAUUUCUAUACACAGUGAGACUUUUAUCAAAUGUUCAAUUUGUCCAAUGGCUUUUAAAGCCAAAUCUUUUUAUCAAAACCACCACCAAAGCAUACAUUUAUCUGAACAAGAACAAAAAAAGGAAAUUUACAAGUGCCCAUUGUGUGAUACAGUUUUUCAUAAUAUCCAACAAUUAAUGAAUCAUGUUGAUGUUCACAUAAAUGACUUAAAAGUUGGUGUUGAUUAUGCUUUCCGAUGUUCUGUUUGUUCUGUUAUAUUUGAUAGACGCUCACUUUUGUUGUCUCAUCUUGGAAAUUGUCAUCAUCUUGAUUUUAUGCAACAUAGGUGUGAAUUUUGUGACUGUGUUUGCAAAACAGCCCAUAAUCUCCAAACCCAUCAGAAAGCAAUCCAUAAAAUUGAAAUGUCAAAAAUUAAUAGCAAAAAUGAAGCAAAAACGGAAAAUGAGGCUAUAAAAUCUAAAAAAUGUAAGGAUAAAGGUAUUGCAUAUUGUUCUUUAUGUCAAAUAUUUUUUGCCACUGAAGGUCAACUGCAAAUGCAUUCAUCAAAGGUUCAUGAAAGUAAACUUAAUGAUUCUUCUGCAGUUACUACAAGAACUCGAAAUACACAAAAAUUUUGCCAAUACUGUAGUGCUCCCUAUAAAUCUUGGAAUCGUCUCAUGCAGCAUAUUUUAGGACAUCGGCAGUCAGGAGUUUAUAUGUGUCUUAUGUGUACAAAUGCUGCUUUUCUUACAAAAGAAGAUCUCCAUAAGCAUGAGGAAUUUUGUAGUGGAGAAUCUAGUCAAGGAAAGUUACCAACUGUGUUUGAAUGCAAAGAAUGUCAUGAGCUUUUCAAGCAAGAGAACUGGUUAAUAGCACAUCAGAAAAAUAUCCAUUCAAAGAAACCCAUGUUCCCUUGUCAUUUAUGUAACUUAGUGUGUAAAUCAAAUGACUCCUUAGUUAAGCAUAUACAAAUAUCACAUGAAAAGAAAAAGCAUUUUUAUUCAUGUCAAAUUUGUAAAGAAACAAACAAGGAAAAGAUAUUCAGACGUCGGAUCCAACUUGAAAAACAUAUAAUUUCUAAACAUAAAACGCUUCGUAAUAAAAGCAAUAAUUCUAAAAUAGCGCUUCAACCAAAUGUAGCUAAGCAAUCUACAGAAACUGACAAUAAGGAGCAAGCACAUGGUAUUAAUGUGGAUAACCAACCCAUAAAGAAACUAAAAACACAAGAAGAAACUUUUUCUUGUGUUAAAUGUGUGUUUACCACUAAAGAUCAUAACCUGUUUCAAAUUCAUACACAAGAGCACAAAAGAGUCAGUGAUGGCAUCAGGUGCAGUGAAUGUGGAUUGUGUUUUACUGCAGUUGAUUCACUUCGGAUGCAUUUGUUUAUGAUUCAUAAAAUAAAACAAACGAAUGAAUUUUUGAGCAGUCAUGGUUUGCUUUAUAAAAAAAAUAAACUUAAAACAGAAAAUGCUUUAGAAAGUUCUCCACAACAGUUAAGUAAUAUAGAAAAUAAUGCAACUGAACAAGCUCAAUCUUUUGAAUGCAAUGUAUGUUACAAAGUGUUUGAAAGCGAACAUCUCCUUAAAAUACAUUUGCGAACUCAUGGAAUGGCAUUUAUUCGUUCAAAACGUCUUAACUUAACUGAAACAACAUAAAUUUUUCAUGUUUUUGCGUUAUUUAUUAAAUAUUAUGACCUUGCAUUCUAUUUUUAA